AUGCGCCCCAGCAAUCAAGGCUCGCUGGAUGUUGUCCCUGCCAACAUACGGAUUGUUAGAGAAAUAGAUCGUUCCGGUGCGUCUUCAGUGUUUGAGAUAGAACUCGAAGGGCGGAAAUAUGCUAUGAAACUUUUUCACGACAACGGGGAUUCAGGAUUUGCCGAGAAUGGUCGAGACCUGAAUCGAUUCCGCUGCGAACUAAAUGCCUACAUGAAUCUUCGGGAACACGGUGUCUGCGAGAGAGGAUUAGUCCCAUACUUCUACGGCCACAUUGAUCGAAUCGACCCUACCGCGUUCUAUCCAGCUUUUCAAGAUUUCGCGCACGAUAAAUAUCAUCCUAAAGCAAUACUACUCGAAUAUCUUCCGAAUGCCGAAAGUUUAAAUUGCGAAAACUAUUCUGAGGCGUGUUAUCACAAAGCAAUAGAGGGUAUGAAGCAGAUACACGCUGCCCACGUUCACCACCGAGAUAUAUACCCUAAGAAUAUACUCGUUGUUCCAGGCAUUCAAGAGCGGAUGGUAUGGGUUGAUUUCGAUGUCGCAACUACAUUUUCGAUUGAGGGGCCAGAUGAACAGCGGUUGAGUGAAGAAGAAGAUACGCUUGUUGCAGAGUUUGGUGAAUUUUUGGUUUGUCCAGCUCUGGCCCUUGUCAUGUGGAUGAAACUAACAACCUGA